CUCUCUAUGUGAGCCAAAAAUAACAAGUUAUUGAACAUUACAUUUGAUAUCUCUGAUUUAUUUGCUGCUGUAUACAUGUUGCUAUUUUGCAUUUUUAAGCCAACAUAGUCAUUGCUUUUUCUCCAAUAGUACUGUUUCUCCAUUAACAUACUCAAUUACUCAUGUCAUUUUCAUUGCAGGAAACAUAACUGCAUAUAUAAGGACAAAAAGACCAGUGCCUAGUCCAAAAAUGUAUGAACAAAGUAGUUGCUUUGAUCCUGAUCCUAUGAUUGUACAUGGCACCCAAAUCGUUUCAGAAUCAGACCCUCCAAUUGAAGCAGUUAUAACUGGCACUGCAACAAGGACCAACCACAGGUUUGCAGAGAAUGUGGGUCUUUCUGUGGAAAGUUUGUCACACCCAUAUUCCUCUGGUGAAGAUGCUAUAACUGUUGCUGCUUCUGUUGAUACCACUACAAUGGAGAUCACAGCCUCACACCCCCAACAAAUGGAUUUUCACAAGGAAAAUGAAAAUCCAUACAACAAUCACAGCAAUGGCUUCAACAAUGGUUCAAGUCAUGACCUUUCCUUUCACCAAAACCAGCAUUUUCCUUAUACCAUACCAACACCAGAUCUUCUCAACCUUAUGCCAAGAACCCAAGCCUUUCCAUUUGGGAACUCCUCUGUUUCUUUUGAAAACACAAACUUGCCUGUUUUCUAUGACCCUUUGUUGCAUUUGAACCUGCCACAAGCACCUCCUCCACCCCAUGGAUACUACAACAACAACAACACCAUUCCACCUUCAAGGAAUGGAAGUUUUGUCUUUGGGGAAGAGGAAUAUGGCAUGGAACAAGAUGGGAGAGCUUUUGGGAAUGGGGUGUUAGAGUUCACUCAGGAUGUGACUUGUGCUGGUAAAAAGAGAGGAGGGAAAAGGGUCAAGCAAGUCACUGUUACCACUGAGAGACAAAGGAGAGAGGAUUUGAGUAGCAAGUUUGAUGCUUUGAAAGAUCUCAUCCCAAACCCCACAAAGACUGAUAGAGCAUCUGUGGUGGGAGAUGCUAUUGACUACAUCAGAGAGCUUCUAAGGACAGUGAGUGAGCUGAAAUUGCUGGCUGAGAAGAAAAGGCAUGAGAAACAAAGGAUCAAGAGGCAGAAGGUUGAAGAAGGUGGCUUGAAGAUGGUUCCAAUUGGUGACUCAGAUGAACACUCUUACAAUGAAAGCUUGAGAAGUUCUUGGAUACAGAGGAAAUCCAAAGACACUGAGGUUGAAGUGAGGAUUAUUGAUGAUGAGGUAACAGUAAAGCUUGUUCAGAGGAAGAAGAUCAAUUGCUUGUGGUAUGCUUCACAUGUUCUGGAAGAACUUAAGCUGGAUCUUCAACAUGUUUCUGGUGGACACAUUGGAGAUUUCUGCAGCUUUUUGCUCAAUAGCAAGAUAUGUGAAGGUUCCUCUGUUUAUGCAAGUGCCAUUGCCAGCAAACUCAUUGAGGUAUUGGACACAAGCUUUUCAGCAGCAUGACUCUGUGGUUCUUACUUGAAGCUACUGAUUGGAGUUGAUUUUGUUUCUUCCAUUUCUCAUUAUUAGUAUUUGUAUUUCCUAAGUUUCACUUGUAGCUUUAAAUUUUGAGUUUUGAAUUUCAAAGAAUAGGCAUAUAUAGUUGGAAACAAACAAGAACCAUAUUAGUUAAUUAGUUAAGUUCAAAGUAAUGUUGUUCUCCUUUAAAACAUCAAAGAGUUAUGGAGAUUAUUUUAGGAAAGAUCUGCAACAGCAAGCAUUGGCACACUACAGUAUAUGUGCUACAGGGUAAAUGGUGCAUGACAUAUUCUGAUGUUUUCAUGACUG